AUGGAUAAUUUUACGGACAAAUGUGUGGAAAAUGGAGCAUUGGCAUCCUCCGUUUCGCUCAGCGAGUCGCCCAAGAAAUGCAAUCUGUCUUUCUCGAUUAAUUUUGACUUCAACGAUGUUAAUAACGAAAAUUCCACCGACUCCGAAAAUGCUGAUUUACAAAUAGAUAUAUCUGAAGUGGAUAAUUAUGAACCGUCCAGUAAACACAGGAGAGAAGCUGUUGACGAAGCAUCAGUGCUCAACGAGAUGGAAGAGGAGAUUGAGAGACAACUCGAUGCCAAAGCUGCGAAAACUAACUUAACUGCCACUAAUGUCAAAAACAUACUCAAGCAUGUGAUUCCUUAUGAAAACUUAAUGACAAUGAUUCAAACAUGGCUUCAAGAUGCACAAAAUGAUGUUAAUUUUGGCCUUAAAUUAACAAGGGCUAAAGCUAAAAAAUUGGGAGCUGCGCAAGUCAAUAUACCAUGGCCUAUUACUACGGCGCAGAAGGCUUCUUCAGAGGUGCAAGCUCUAAUUCAAGAAGAACUACCAGAAGAUUCGUCCGAUGAAGAAUAUAAUCCUGAACAUGAUAAACAUAGUGACGACGACAGAGAGGCAGAAAAUGCUGCAAAUGGUGACGUAGAAUCACUCACGACAAUUUUAACAAAUGACGAAGAUGUAGGUUCCUCAAAACAGCAGGCAUCAUCACAGAUACAAUAUGAUCCUGAAGGAAUUUUUAAGAUACCAGCCGUCCCACAUGUUUCGACAGAAGAAGAAAGUAUCGGUCAAAGAACACGUUCCAAGUUCUCCUUAAGUGAAACUUCGUUGGAGGAAAUAGAGCAAGCGUUUAUACCGCCUGACAUAACUGCUGACAUGACUGAGGAUUGGGACUUUGAACUCGAUGAAGAUUGGGAUAACUUUUUGAAAGAAUUUACACGACCUUUAAGGCAAGAGCCAGCUAUCGAGGAUGAUCCGGAAGCAGACCCAGAAUACAACAUAUUGGAGGAUGAAGAAACAGAUUUAUUGGACAAGGAAGAACUCAGAACGGAUAAAGCGGUCGAGGUGCCUCGCAAAGAACAAUUUGACUUAAUUGCAGAAUUGCUUGAAUUAACUCCCAUGUUCUUAACGCAAGAACAAGAAAUAUCAAGAAAGAAGAGACCUCCGGAUAAUACGACGCCUCCAACUGAAAAUAAUACUAUGAAUUGUUCUAUGGCAGAUCUGUUGCCGGUUGCAGAACCUGAGCUACCAAAAGUAAUAAAUCCUGAACAACGUCUUCUAUUAAAAAUACAACUUCAACAGCACGUCCAAUUAAUGGCACAGCAUUUUGUUAUGACCUACAUGCAUCCGGAACAUCACGAAUUGUCAAAAAUGUGUAAACAGAACUUAAAUAAUUUAAGAUACAUGAGCAAGGGGCCUAAUUCUGCAUUCAAUGCAGAUAAUUUGGAGGAAGCGUUUAAGUUGGCGUCAACUUGGGAAAGUAAAUUUUCUGACAGCAACUUUCACUUAAACUACCAAAACAUUGUGACGGAUGAAAUCGCUAAGGGAAAGAUGUGUCGCGUGAACAAAUGGGGGCACGUUGAAGCGUUCAUCCCCGAAUUGGAGGAAUUAUUCAUCGAGAGUAAGGCUCUCAUGUAUCCACAACUUUUGCCACAGAUGCCUUUCAAAAGCGGAGUACAGAAACACGUGAAAUCCGUAUACUCAAGAUCGGAAGAGAAUUUGAUUGCGUUGGGUAUAGAACAAUUCUUGCCGUUCGUCGCGUCUAGGACAAAUAAGUUUAAAACUAAAAAGAUACAGUUGUUUGAUGCGGGUCAGCUUAUUUGCAAGUACUUAUUACCAUGUAGAGAUGCAAAAGGAUUAUUAUAUCAUAUACAAAAACGUCGCGUUGCUAAAGAUAAUAAUCCGAUUAAGCAUUAUUUUGAGAAGGGUUACGCUCCUAGAACAAUACAUUACAUAACACUUGAGAGUAAGCUAAAAGCUCCAAAAGAGCAACCAAUCGAACUUUUGUCUCUAAGAUGGCAAAUGUAUCUCAAUAUGUAUAACCAAAGAAAGCAUAGAAACAAAUCGGCGAGUAUACAUUUAUUUCUACAAUAUUCACACAGUCUUAGAAAACAAGACAGUUAUAUGAAUGCAACAAGGAAGCCAUAUCCUAAUGUUCCUAAUAAUCAUCCUUUACGAAAUCCAAUUGUAAAUAUGUUACCAAAGAUAUUACCUGCGACGAUGAAACCCAAAGGCGCGACUACUGAUAAAAUUAGUAAUGCUGCUAAAGCAACUGUUAAAUUCAAUGAUGGUAAUAGUAGCGAAAGACUAGUAGAUGAUGAAGGUGAAAUGACCGAGGGACAUGUGGAAAAGAACAAAUCGCACAGCAAUGUUCUCAAUUCCCCGAAAGCAAGUGCCGCAGAUAUAAAGACACUACAGACGGAUAAAGUGCCAGAUAAAAAUAAUGUUAAAUUGAAUUCUGUGGUAGCUACAAGCUCGAUGGUACCUAAAACCUCGUCGCAAAAAUCAACAGGAUUACCGCAAAUACGUAGGACCACACCUCGAUUAGCAAAAACAAGGAGUGCUCAGAAUAUGAAAUUGAUGGCACAAGCUUUAGGUUCAAAAACUUCGUCUAGUUGUAAUAGCUUAAAGUCGAAAGAAAAGAACACAGAUAAGGCUACUGGCGAACAUAGUACUGCGUCAAAAGUCGAUAAUGAAGAAGAAAUAGCAGAAUUAAUGCUAGCCUGUACGACAAUAACAAAAGAUUCUGUGAGCAGGAAGAAGGCCAAGCAAACUAGAGAAUUAGAAAUUAUAAAAAGAUUAUUAAAAGCUGAAAAUCCACUCACGGAGGAAGAACGUAAAGCGAAAUUUGCGGCAUCGUACCUUCAAAAGCUGCACGUAACACUGGAAUCUAGUAAUCCGGAAAUAUUUAAAGCUGUGAUGAAGUUGUUCUUAGAUUAUAAUGAAAAACUAGAAGGUAUGAAUCAGGCAAUUGCCGACACAUCAUUUUCUGAGGAGUUUUUAAUGGACAAGGAGCCGCAAGACACUUCAGUCAAGAAAGACUUAUUAACAGUCGGAUUGUAUGAAGAUGUCCGUAAAAGACUGCAGAAUUAUCCAGAAAUGUGUACAGACUUGUUGUUAUUCUUAAAGCCUCAUCAAGCUGCAAUGAUUGGCAAGUCCGUAGAAUAUAUAAUGUUGCAGAAAAUGAACGAUUUCGUUCAUGUCGCGCAGAUAUAUUUUGCUAAACAACCAUCACGAAUAGCAAAGAUGAUGCAGGCAAUUACGCAACUUUCGUCUGAUCCGCGCACCACCUUGGAAAAUGUUUACGCGGUUAUGACUCCCGUUUUCAAGGGGCAUCCGCUCAUUAUGGAUUUAUUCCUGCAAAUUCUACCUACUGCAAAAUCUCCCGAAAGCUUAUUUGCGUCCCACAUGUUUGAAAACUUGACGUGCCCAUUAGGACCUUAUGACAAGAACGUAACGUAUACCGAAAACGCGCCGGAGCUGUACGAGAACAUAGAAUUACCCAUUAUAGCGUAUCAGGAAGAUCCAUAUGGCGGUGAUAAUUGUAAAUGCGAUUGUCAUAAUAUGGACGACCCGAAUCUUAAAAAUAAUUCCGAUCAUUGUGUUUCCUGUGGCACACGAUUUCUGAAUGGGAGAAUAUACCUUCAAACGCCUGAAGGGCUAAGGCCUGCAAAAAUCACGUUUCCCGGAGAAGAUCAAGAGAAAUUAGAGAACAUUGCACGUGUAUCGUUAAAAAUCGCUGAUAAAGUCGUUCCAACGCCAAUUUCACCGAAGAAACGACGAAAAUCAACAAAGAAUGACCCUAGUCCCGAAGAUAUUUGCCAGAAACAAUGCAAUACGAAGUACUCGCCAGUAAAGGAUAAUGAAGAUAAUGAAAAGUCAAAGUCUAAAGGAGGUGUCAAAUUUGCACUUAAGACAGAUAAAAGAAAAGUUUUAAAACGAAUAGCCACUGAAGACAACGUGGUAGUCGAAACUAAAAAAAUGCGUAUGUCUCAGUGCAAGAAUAAACGAGAGAAAAAGGCUGAAGAGAACGACGCUUUACUAGAAAACAAAGAAGUCGAUAUUAUAAAACAAGAAAAAAUGACUGAAGUUACAGAAACGGAAAGUAAUAAUAGUGUACAGUUGCUAGCGCAAGACGAUCCAUCAAGUACUGAAGUAAUUGUAGACGAUGUUCCAAGUACAAGCACGAACGUUGAUCAUAAUUCAAGUAUAGACACGGUUAGUGUAGUCGAGGAUAAUGUGCAAGCCAAAUCCAGUGUAACGAGUGACAAACCAUGGACACGUCAAGAAGAUAUGGUUCUACUACAACAUAUCAAAAAGGAGUACUCUGAGAAUUCAUUUCAACUAAUCAGUGAAAAGUUAGAAAAUCGUAAUGUUGGCCAGGUGAAAGAAAGAUGCCAAACGUUACUUUCUUUACUACAGAAAAUGAUGUAAAUAUAUGUACAUUUCUUAUUUAGAUUUGUUAUUCAAAAUUAUUAUAUCUGAUUACUGUAAUACACUAAUUGAUAUUAUAGUAAUAAAUAAAUUGAUAAUAUAGUAUAA